AUGAAGAAUGGUACUUGGUUCUGGCCUCAUGCCCAUUCAGAUGCUCUUGUAGAGGUACAAAGUCAGCUCCAUACAGUUGAGAUAGGUGCUGCUGAUGAGCCAGUGUGGAAUUCUCGUAGUGGUAUCUACAGGUGUUCGGAUACCUGGGACAAAUUGAGAGAGGUGCAUCCGGUAGUCAGGUGGUGGAAGAUUAUUUGGUCUCCCACUUCUAUCCCUCGUCACUCCUUCACUCUUUGGCUAGUCUUCCGGGAUGCUUUGAUCACAAAACAACGUAUGAGUGGCUGGGGCGAUACAGGUCAGAUUUUAUGUCCUUUCUGCUACGGAGCACAAGAGAGCCGUGAUCACCUUUUCUUUAGGUGCAGUUUCAGCCGUCGGAUUUGGACUGAAAUCAUGGCCGAUUGCUCCUUCUUCAAUGUGCCUUUGUAUUGGGAAGAUAUAGAAGUCUGGUGUUUGAAGGUGAUGCAGGGGAAAAGUUUAAAAGCCAGCUUGGGCCGGCUGUGUCUUGGAGCUACUGUGUACCACUUAUGGAAGCUGAGAAAUGAUCUCUUGCACAAUAAUACUCCACACACUGAGGAAGCAAUCCUGACUCGUGUUAGGUGGGAAGUCCGGGCUAGGAUCGUAGCAAAAGGGCAUUUCAAGCACCUUGGGAAUUCUGUGAACCUUGUUUCUAAGUGGAAUCUGCAAUCCCUUUUCUAG